CCGGGUUGUGGUAAUAUCGCGUUCUGCGCGUUCGUUUUUGUUUCGGGUCCCGCUUCCACCCGCGCUGUAGAUGUUGCCUAUCUCUAUUCCUUCCUCCCUCUCUCCCUCUACCUCGCGCUCUCGUUGUAGUUUCUACUGUUGUAUGUGCUGCGCUGUAGUAUGUUGUAUGCUGUACCUCUACCACUAGUCCACGCAAAACUGUUCUGUAUUUCAGUACUGUGGUCGAGGAUGUAUGCGAUGGUAUACGUCUCCGUCGAAUGCGCGUUUUUAAUUUCGUCGUCUUUCGCCGCCGCUUUUAUAAAAACAAUUUCUUCAUGUCGUGUACAUUAAUGCGUGUUUAAGGGGGUUUUUCCCGCACUCUGGUGGAAUUUGUGUUUUCAAGUGGGCUUCUACCUUUGGUAGGGCUCUGUGAUUCGGAUUAUUUUUUUGAAUGGUUUCGACCGAUUAUUGGAAUUAAUUCAUCCGGAUUGAAAUGCACUGAGAAUUUGUAAUCAUGACAAAUCCUGUUUUAGAAGCUAAAAUCAAUGAUAUUCAUUCGUGGUGGGAAGUGCCAUGCAUAGCGCAUUUCUGUUCCCUGUUUAGAGCAUCGUUCAAUUUGAUCGAUUUUGAUAUCGAGGAUCUCGAAGAAGCAUUGUUAACCGAUGACGCGUCCGAUUCAGGCAAUACUUUGAUUCAAGAGCUGAUCGUGCGCUUAUUACGUGGUUAUUAUGGCAACAACAGCAUAUCCACGUUUAAUUAUCAGAUGUUCCUACGUAGAUUAUUUCGACAAAAAUGCAGGGAAUUUAAUUGUUAUAAUCCGUUCGACAACGAUGAGGAUUUCCAAUUUUUACCGAUGAGAACCAAAGUGGAGAUUUUGCAUAUGCUGUGUGAUUUUAGAUUAGACGCCGAUGAUGUUUUGGAUAUUCUUAAGGAUUUAGAUUCAGAUAGCUUACGUGUCCAUCCAUUGGGCUACGAUGCGAACAAAUCGGCGUAUUGGUAUUUUUAUGGCACCAGGUUAUACAGAGAAGAUUAUCCAAAGAUUAAAAAAGAAAAAGAAAAGAAACGAGGCAGAAAACGCAAAAGAGGCCGCAAUAAAGAAGAAGAAAGCGAGGAAGAAGAAGUCGAAUUAGGCUCCGGUAUCUGGCAAGUUAUCUGUUUCACCGAAAGCGAUUGGGAAAGAUUGGCGGUGAACACGGAAGACGCCACUGAUAAAAAUGAACAAGCUUUGCAUCAAAUCAUAGCCGAAGAUUUUCUCCCAGAGAUACCUAAAUUGUUUCAAGAAAAAGAACGUUUGCAAAGGAAACGUUUCUUGGAACUGCAUCCUCGUAAGUCGUCUCGUAUCGAGAACCUGAAACGAAGAAAAGAAGAAGAAAUGCAGUAUUUGGAGAAGUACAAACGAGCUUUAAGUAUACAAGGUACCGAUAGCGAAGAAGAAGUUGCCGCCGAAACCAAUGCGAAGAAAGCUAAAAAAGCUAGACACGAUAGGUGGAAAAAUAGAAACACUCAAAAGGAAUUGUACUCCGAUGACGAUAACAGCGAUACCGAAAGUCUUCAGGAAUCAGUAACGAGCUAUGGGAGCAAGCCCAUCAUCGCCGGACGAGGCAGGCAAACGAAUAAUUCGUUAUCAUCCGCAACCGGAGAGAUAAUUAUACAUUCGGCGGAAAAGAAUCGUUCUCCCGAAUGGUGUGAUAUAAGAGUAGAAUAUCUUGACAUAGGACUGCACAAAGUGUUGGAAACGCUGAAGAAACACGAAGACGCGUGGCCUUUCAAGAACCCAGUCGACGAGAAAGACGCGCCGAAUUACUACAAAGUAGUGAAAACGCCGAUGAGCCUGCGCAGGAUGGAAGAGAAACUAGAUUGCGGAAAGUACAAAAGCGUCGCCGAGUUUAAACGCGAUUUCCAACUCAUCAUGGCAAAUUGCAAGCAGUACAAUGGCUCGAGGAAUGAAUAUACGGCGAUGGGCGAGAACCUCGAGAAAGUACUUCAAGCCGGUAUCAAUAAAUUCUUCAACUCGAAUAAUUCGUCCGAUGGUGAUGACGUUACCGAAAAUAGUGAUUUUCCCGAUGUAAACAACGGUUCGCAUCGGAGAAAGAAAAGAAAAAGGAGGAAGAGGACGACCAGCAAAAGUACCGAAGAUAAUGAUAAGGAAAAUGAACGCAAAUUGUCCGCCUUAGAUGCACCUUAUUCGAUCAAUUCUAUCGAAAGUGAAAGUCGUAAUGCUGACGAUGCUUUGAGUAUCGAGUCUCGAAUAGGUGAACAUAAACCGAUCAAAAGAGGUAAAGGGAGACCUCCGAAGAACGCUUCUUCUUUCGAUGCCUUUGAUAUUGUUGCCGAACAAACUCUUAGGGAUAUUAAUAAAUGGCUUAAUGAUACUCCUAAAAGUACGGAUUUCGGAUCAGCUAGUAAUUCGCCGCCUCCCUCGAAUUCACCUAGUGAUCCGAUUGCCAUCGAUGUCAGUCUACCGACGACCGGAACUCACGAGAAGAUCAAUCCGCAGAAAUCAAAUAUUAGACCAUUUAAGCAUAAGGAAUUAACAAAAAAACGAUCACUCAAAGAAAACCACCACAAACACCUACAGAUGAUCAAACAACGCCGCCGCGAUACCCAGCGAACAAUCGACCGCCUACAGCCGGGCAAAAGCAAAGGUAACUUGAUCUCUACCAUCUCGAAACCUCCCGGAGGCACGAAACCCGACGAUUUACCCGGAUCGGCGAAAAUCAACAAAGAACCAGCUGCCAAGACCUCGGAGAACACGCAUCGAAUGAAACCAAUGCUUAGUCUAGGAUCCGUUCUGAGCACCGAUGUAAUCAACUUGGACGUUAACUCGAAAAAACACACGUUCUCCGAUAACGAUAGCGUUCCCAGCGAUGACGAAGACCCAUUCUCAGAUGGUGAAGCUACCGCUUCUAACGAACACAAUGAACCACAGGCCGAGAACUUAGCUUUAGACAAGGCGUACUCGGAGAGCGCUUAUUUAGAAGAGAAGAAAGCGCAGGAGGAGAAACAACAAAGUGCUGAGACGAAACAGGAGGUGGCUUCUGGAUCGAGUAACGGUUCCGGUGGUGGCAGUGGUGGUAACGUUGGUGGUGAAAUGAAAGCUCCGGCUUCGGUUGGUGGUGGUAGCAGUGGUGUAACUUCUGCUGCUGCAGAGAAGAACGAUAAACCUAAACCGAAUUUGGGAGCUUGGUUUAAAGCAUUCGGGGCACCGAAAGCUCAACAGACCCCGAAACGUAAACAGGAGAGUACGUUUAACGAUAAUCCGGCUACGCCUUUGGCCAACGAAGAACUAAAGGAUGAUUACGGUUCGACGAGCGGUAAAAUGGCGUCGAAGAGUAACGAAGAAGACCGAUACGAUAUCAACGAACCGCCUCCUCCCACUCCGGGAAGGUUCUUCUUGUACGAAGAAGACAGAGAGCGAAACGUUCCGGCUCCAUUGCUUUCGCCGGAUUUGAAACCGAUGCGAAGGCAGCGUAAACUGAGCACCGGUAGCAGUAUCUCGGAACGGUCGUCGUUCAGUCAGGACCCCAACGAUCCGAUGAAUUCGCCUCAUCCUAGUCUAGACGAGUCUUCGUACCAGUCUCCGCAACCCUACCAUCACCAGUCACCUAUACACAACACGGGCGCCCUCAAGGUGGGCUUUUACCAAGACACGUUCCCGAAAUGCGGCUCCGACAAGAGCAACAGCUGCAGUCCUCGCGAGCCGAUGAACAGCUGUAGUCCGCAGCAUCCGAUGUUUAGUCCCAGAGAUUCGCUAGCCAGUCCUCGUGAUUCGAUAGCUAGCCCUAGAGAUCCGAUCUGUAGCCCGAAAAUGGCCGAACCUGUCCAUAGUCCGGGCGUUAUACAGAUGACCAGUCCGCAUAAUCCGAUGCCUAGUCCCAGAUACACACCUGUGGCCAGUCCUCGAGACCCUUACGCCGGCGAACCGGUUCAUAGCCCUGUGUACGUGCCUAAGUCAGAUCCGCAGCCGGCUAGCUCGCCUUAUAAACCGUUCAGAAACGCUGCUACGCCUCAGCCUCCUCAGCCUGCACCGAAUCCACCUCAGGAGAAGUCUCCUUUCUCGAUAUAUCCGGUCAAGAAGAGGAUAUCGGCUGAGCUAGAGCAGACCUCGAAGCAGCAGGCUGAACAGCAUGAGAAAAUGGCCCAGUCUGAGAGCCCAUUUGUGCCAGUGAGCAGCCAUGAUGGCGAUCGUCAUUUUACUCCUACUCCUGGGUGCCUUCCGCAGCAUAUUCUACCUCCUCAUAAUCCAUACCCUCCUCCGCCGGAUCCGGGUUCGAUUCCGAUGUCGAUACCGCAUCAUCAUCCGUUCAUGGAUACGUAUUCGGAUAAUAUCUUGCUCAGCUCGAAUCCCUACUUCAGGAAGGACCUUUAUGUGCCUGGUCAGCCUCCACCGAUCGUCUCGUCGGCCUCAUCCGGCCAGCCUUCUCAUCUAUCUUCGCUGUUUAUGCAGCAAUCCGAAGGAAUGUACCAGAGUCCGGUGCCAGGCGAUAAAAUGGGCCAGAAUCCGGCCUCGGGUCGUUACUCGCCGCCCCGACAGGCUUCUCCUAUGGUCGGAGGACCUGCCGGAUACGGUCGAGCUAUCGAUUUCACCGCUCCGGCCAAACCGAACGAGUCGUUCGCUGCGCAAUAUCAUCAUUCCAAGUUCCACGUAGUCAACGAAGCCGACGUAGCUUUGAAUUACUCGAACAAGACUCAGCACGGGUAUCCGCCGGGUAUGAAUUAUCCGGCACCGCCUCCUUCGGAAUCGGAUCGAGCCAAGAUGGAGGCUGAGUAUCAUCAUCAACGAGCUGCCAAAAUGGAAUCACCUCUGCAGCCUUAUCAUCAUCAUGCUGCCGAAAUGCACGAAAGAGCUGGGCCUCCUCCUCCGGCGACUCCUGUGGCUGUUUCAUCGGAACAAAUGUACCAUGGAUCGGCCCCUCAUACCGGUUACCAUCGAUCCGGACCUAGUCCUUAUGCCAAUCCGCCCUCGUCGUCGGAUUACUUCAACGGCAAACCUCCUCCUCCUCAUCCUGCUUCGAAUUACCAUCUGGCUGAUCUCCGAGCAGCUUAUCCGAGCUUCGCUAAUCCGAACGAACGACAGAUGCACGACGAUAAACAGUAUUACCAAACAGCUGCGGCUGCCAAAACUCAUCAUAUGGAUCAGGCUUACAUGGCGGAUCGAUCGAUGACCGAGCUAAUCAAUUCUCGCCAGCCUCAUUUCAAUCCUUUACCGAAUAUCUCGUCGGCUGCGGCCAAAUUAACCUCGUCUGGCUCGAUGGCAACGUCUGCUGCCAACAACAGAUACGAUCUGAGUUACCACAAUAGACCUGAACCGAUGCCUCCAGUCUCCGCAGCUCCACCAGCCCCACCGACUAAACCUCCGGCCAAGAAAUCGUCAUCGUCGUCGUCGAAGAAAAAGAAAGCAGCUGCUGCGGCGGCGGCCGCAGCAGCAGCCGAACAGCAACAGGCAGCGAACGAAUCGUCGCAGGCUCAGAAUCCGUCCAUGUAUUACCAUCACCUAGGCGGUGGCCAACCGAACGUGGGCGUGGGCGUUUCUCAGGACCUCAAGCAUAACGGUAUCGUUCCCGGCAGCGCUUUCAACUUUGGCACAGCUACCGCAGCUACGACGUUGAAAAGCGACUACCAGCAGUAUUUCGAUAACCUAAGAAGUAGUCGGUUUUUCGCCGAGACUGCCGCAGCAGCUGCUAAUGAGAAACCGUCUCCGGGUCCGGCUCCGGCUGCGGUUAGUAACGCGUCGUUUCCGUUCUUGCCACCGCAGCGUGGAUCUCCUUCGUUUAGCUUGGCUCAUGCUCAGGCUUUCAUGAAUGCCAAUGCGCCUCCGUGUCCUCCGGCUAUAUAUUCGUCUCCGUUUCUACAACGACCGCCUGAUGAGCUGCUCAGACCGAUGAUGCUCCAGCAGGGUCUGAUGUCCGCUCAUAACGGCGGGUAUCCGCACGGGUAUCUUAAUAUGCACGAUCCGAUUAACAGAUCUCCUUGGUUAUAAUAUUAUUAUGAUACGGUUUGAUUUUAUUUUUUUUUAUUUAUUGUUUUUUGAUUUUUAAUUUUUAUUUUCUGUUUGUUGUUUUUAACUUUUCUUUAUCGAUCGAUGAUGAUGUAUGUUUUGUGGUGUUUUUUUUUUAUUUUUUAUUUAAUUUUUGAUUUUUUCUCUUGAGAAUUUAUUUUAUCUAUUAUUCUGGACGGGAUUCCGGACGAAGCCACCGUUAAUUGUAGUACUUUCACGAUUGGUAUAAUUUAAUGUGAUAUUUUUACUUUAUUUGUAUGUAUUUUUUUCCUCAUUCGUCGUGGACGUUUUACCCUCCCUCCCUUCCUUCCUUCCUUCCUCUUUCUCCCUCUUAUCACCGUAGAUAGGGGUUUUUUUUUGGUGUAGUAAUGACGAAGGUUUUUUAUUUGUUUCAUUAGUUUUUUUUUUUAGAGAGAUUUUUAACUCAACGCGACAAGGAGGAGGGAUUUUUUAAACGCUUCGUUUUUUUCAAUCAUGUUACCCUAAAAGUAAAGUAAAAAAAAUGUUCAGCUUCCAUGCUUAUGAAGUUUUUUGAGUGUUCUUGUAGAAGUAGGUCUAGAUACCUAAAAAUUUUAUCAUGUUGAAUUUUUUUUUUUUUUAAUAUCUUCCCAUUACUCAAAGUGUGAAAUUCGUCGCACGAGUGUAGUUUAACGUUAAUAUACUAUACGAUAAUUUUACCAAAAUUAUUAUUAAUGAAUAUUAUCAUGAUACUCUUUGUUUUUCUUUUUUUGAGUAAUGAAAUAAAAAAGCAGUCGAGCUUCUAUCUAAAAAAAAAAAAUGUAUUUAUAAUCGUUUUGGAUUUUCUCAGUUUUAUGAGAAGAAAUUCGUGUGUCUUUGUGGAAGUAUAAUAUAUAAUUAUAUUAUAUAUAAAUUGGUUAGAAUUUGUGAUUGUAUUGUAAUGACCAAUUUUUUUUUUUUUUUUUUUUUGUAUGUUUUAUUUUCAAUUAUUUUUAUAUUGUGGUUUGCGAGGACUUAAUCAUGAGCAAAGUUCACGCGAAUUUAUUUUAGCAUAAAUUUCACUUUGUACAGUGGUUUUUUUUUCUUUCUUUCUUUCAUGAUGUUAUGAUUUUUCGAGUACACACGUUUUAUUUUAUUUUUUUUGUAUUUAUUUAAGCUGUAGUGUAGGUGUACUUGUGUGUACAGUGAACGAUUGUUUUUAUUUAGGAAAAAAUAAACCUUUUUGUUUGUU